GUGCCCAUCUGGCUAAGGCAGCGCACUAGCCCUUCCGUUAUCAUCCCAUUCUUCUUACUAUUUGGCCAUCCUCUUCGCCACCUCGGCUCACCUCCUGUCGUGGUUCCUGCAUAUCUCCUCUCUCGCCCCAACAACAAGUCAGCCAGCCACCACCAGCUUGGAUCUGCUGUUCUGCGGCCUGCCCAGCCUUUUGCUUUUCUUGCAGGUGGCACCCAAUUUGUUCUCAGCGCAUCGCUUCGCCUGCAGCUCCAAGCCGUCCUCUUCGCCUUCAUCGUUGUUUGGUCUGCCACCUACCUGCAGUUGCAGUGUGUUUGGCCAUUAAUACAGCACUUUGUAGGGUCCUCGACUUCAGACGAUCGCCGAUCCCUCCACCGCAACGGGGAUGCCGUGUCUUUUGGGCUCUCUUCGCCUACCGCAUGCCUGCAGUUCCCCGCACUAGCUUCGAGAUCAGCAAAAAGAUUGUGCUCUGUCACAAGCACCUUUACCAGUAAUUCAACCUUGUCGGUCCAGACCACCACCACGAACCACCGAUACCACCACCAACGAUAUUGCUCCGAGCGAGACAUUGCCAACCGAACCACUUGCUUUGCUUUAACCCCCCAAACGAGACGUGCAGCCGCACCGCAUUAA